AUUGGCUCCUCUCGAUUCACCUGGCGUUUGCUUAAUUCCGCAAGUGUUGGUGGAUCGCCCGAGAUGCAAUAUUCUACAUUCUAAUAAUAACGCCCCGGAGAAUCUUCCUUUUCUGUCUCGUUCUCCACCUGUUUAUCUUGUUUAUUCUAGGAGAGUAAACUAAAGGGUGGGUGAUGGGGAACUUGCUGGGGUGCUCGGCAGCCGGGGAAAGGUUGGUGACGGCGGCGAAGGACGGCGACGUAAUUGAGGCGCAGAAGCUGGUGGAGAUGAAUCCUGGCCUCGCUAGAUAUUCGACGUUCGCAGGUCUCAGCUCGCCGUUGCAUGCCGCCGCCGCCUCAGGCCAUACUGAGAUUGUGAUGAUGUUGCUGGAGAAGGGAGCAGACUUGAACUUGAGGAACAUUUGUGGCCAAACUCCAUUGAUGGAAGCAUGCUGCAGUGGUCGAUGGGAGGUAGUGCAGACUCUACUACUGUACAGAUGCAAUGUAUCAAAAGCGGAGUUCUUAAAUGGUAGAACGGCACUUCACUUUGCAGCUGCUGGUGGACACGCUCGAUGCAUUAGAUUACUGGCUGCAGAUGUUUAUCCUGGUUUUCCUCUUUCUGCAAUAACCAAUUCCUCAGUGGUUGAACAAGUGGGAGAUCAGCACAAGUCUCUGUCAGCAAAACAUUGUGAUCCACUAGCACUCACAAGGUUCAUUAACAAGGCAGCAAAUGGUGGUAUAGCCGCCCUCCACCUUGCUGCUCUAAAUGGGCAUUCGAAUUGCGUUCAUCUGCUACUUGAUCUACAUGCUAAUAUCUCAGCCAUGACGCUAUCUUGUGCAUCGUCGACAAUGACAAUAGGAAGCACACCUUUGCAUUAUGCUGCAUGUGGUGGAAACCUCAAGUGCUGCCAGAUCCUUCUUUCUCGAGGAGCAGACAGAUCGACAAUCAAUUCCAAUGGGUGGCUUCCAGUUGAUGUUGCAAGGAGUCGGGGAUCUCAUCGGCUUAUACCCUUGUUAACACCCCAUUCUAGCCAAUCUGUUCCUGCUUUUCCUCCAUCAAACUACUUGCCUUUGCCUCUCAUGAGCAUCCUGCAAAUAGCAAGAGUGAAUGGUUUGAAUUCUUCAACUUCCUCUUGUGACGAGAGUGAUCUAUGUGCUGUUUGUUUGGAGAGAACCUGCACUGUAGCUGCUGCAGGCUGUGGUCAUGAACUCUGCACAAAAUGUGCACUGUGUCUUUGCUCAACGAGCAGCAUUAACUCUGAGAUGUCAGCACCACCUGGUUCAGUCCCAUGCCCUCUCUGUAGGGCUGGGAUUGUGUCUUUUGUAAGCUUGCCGACAAAUGAGAUCGAGGCAGGCCAAGACAUUGGCCUCUGCAGCAAGUGCCACGGUCUCAUUCAUGGACGCUGUCAGAAUUCAUUUGCCACAGCUUGUGGAUCUGAGUUGUGUAUGAACCCGUUUGAGGUAGUUCCUCCAGCAGUUUGUGGUGAAGUUGAUGGAUAUAUAAUUCCAAACCAUUCAGGCUUCGAUGUGUAAGUGAAACUCGUCGCUUGGACUGGAGCAGCCUGCAAAAAGGCGUGUGGAUUAUUGAUUGCUUCUUCAUGUAAAUUGUACUGAUAGUUCAUUUGUUAUGAAUCUGAUCUGCUGAAGUUGCUAGGAAUUAAUCAGGCUCGACGAGUUAAAGAUGGGUGUAAAUUUCAAAUUCAUACAGAAACAUCAGGAUUAGUAGUUGUGAAGAAGUUCAAAAUAGCAUAUUCUUUUAUACGAAUGUAAACAAAAUGUUGUGAAAAUUAGUUUGCAGAUUCAUAAUAAAGUGCUUGGCUUUUAUUCA